AGGGACAGCGAUUGGUGCAGUGGUACCUGGCCAGUGCAAGUGCAGAGGCUGGGAGGCAGUUUCCUGCAGAACUUCGGAGGCGGCAGCUGUCCUGAGAAGCACCCAGCCCAGAACCCCCUACGGCGAGGCAGCCCGGAACCGCCUCUUACCCGGUUUGCACAGGGACCUGCUACUCCUGGCCUGGAGGCAUCGCUGGCCUAUGGCGACAGCAGGGUCCUGGAGGGUGCGGAGGGAGCACCAGGCUGCUCAGGAGGCAGAGAGGAUUCUCGUGCUAGAAGAAAGCUGGAGGCCCUGGCCCAGAACACGCAGGACAAUCCGAGGCUGCCUGGAGUGUGUGAAGCGCCAGCUGUUCCGUGUCGGUGAUGACUGGUACUUCCUCUUUUUCCUGGGGUUGAUAAUGGCGCUGAUCAGUUUCGCCAUGGAUUUCACCGUCUCCAGGGUAUCGAAUGCACACAAGUGGCUUUACCAGGAGCUCGGGGAUCACUUACUGCUGAAAUACCUGUCCUGGACGAUGUACCCGGUUGCCCUGUCCGCCUUCUCCACUGGCUUCUCUCAGAGCAUCACUCCACACUCGGGAGGCUCUGGCAUCCCGGAGCUCAAGACCAUUCUCACCGGAGUCAUGCUGGAGGAGUACCUGGCCAUUAAAAACUUUGGAGCCAAAGUGGUGGGGCUGACCUGCACCCUCGCAUGUGGGAGCACCAUAUUCCUCGGCAAAGUCGGCCCCUUUGUGCACCUCUCCAGCAUGAUCGCAGCGUAUUUAGGAAAGAUCCGAAUGUCUGUCGUUGGGGAGUAUGAGAACAAAAGCAAGCAGACGGAGAUGCUGGUGGCAGCCGCUGCUGUGGGAGUCGCAACCGUCUUCGGGGCUCCCAUUAGCGGGGUCCUGUUCAGCAUUGAGGUGAUGUCAUCCCACUUUGCGGUCAGGGACUAUUGGAGGGGCUUCUUCUCUGCCACCUGCGGAGCCUUCAUGUUCCGCCUGCUCGCCGUCUUCAACAGUGAACAAGAAACCAUCACUGCUCUAUUCAAGACCAAUUUUAAGAUUGAUUUCCCCUUUGAUCUCCCAGAGACGUUCUUCUUCAUGGUGCUCGGGGGGAUCUGUGGGGUUCUAAGCUGUGCGUAUCUCUUCUGUCAGCGCUGGCUCCUGGGAUACGUCCGGAGGAACAUGAUCACUGCCAAGCUGCUGGCUACAAACAAGCCCAUUUAUUCCUCCCUGGUGGCCCUCCUGCUCGCCUCCAUCACAUUCCCUCCCAGCCUGGGGCACUUCAUGGCAUCCAGGCUCAGCAUGAAGGAGCACCUCACCUCCCUCUUCGACAACCAGACGUGGGGCCUUCUGUCCCAGAACGCAUCGCUGGCCAGGCCUCCUCAAGUCGACCCUGAAAACCUGUGGAUUGAGUGGUGGGAGCCCAGAAUCACCAUCUAUGGCAGCCUGGCGCUGUUCCUGGUGAUGAAGUUCUGGAUGCUGAUCUUGGCCACCACCAUGCCUAUGCCAGCUGGAUACUUCAUGCCGCUCUUUGUAUACGGCGCUGCAAUCGGGCGUUUGGUGGGGGAAGCGGUCGCCUUUCUCUUCCCCCAUGGUAUCCAGUCGGACGGUGUAGUUAACACCAUCACUCCAGGAGGCUACGCACUGGCAGGGGCGGCAGCGUUUUCGGGCUCGGUCACCCACACCCUAUCCACUGCCCUGCUGGCCUUUGAAGUGACUGGGCAGAUUGCCCAUAUCCUGCCCGUCAUCCUGGCUGUGCUGGUUGCCAACGCGAUAGCCCAGAAGUUCCAGCCCUCCUUCUACGACGGCACCAUCAUCGUGAAGAAGUUGCCCUAUCUGCCCCGGAUCAGGAGCCGACACAUCGGCUCCUUCAGGGUGACCACUGACCAGUUCAUGAACACCCACUUUGCAGUCCUGGCCAAGGGCGCCAGCUUUGAGGAGAUCCUCAGUGUUGUGACCUCUACCGACGACCUGGAGUACCCCAUUGUGGAGAGCACAGAGUCUUUGAUGCUGGUGGGCAUGGUGCAAAGAGCUGAGCUGAUCAGGUACCUCCAGGCCCAUGAUGAAGCCAAGCUGUCCCCCCAGGAGCCAGGGGAGAAGCCUCGCUCCAACGGGACGCUGUGGGACGACUGCACCAUCGAGCCAAUAACCCUCCAGCUGUCACCUCGGACAUCUCUGCACCAGGCUCACACCCUGUUUGAACUGCUGAGCAUGCAGCGUGUCUUCGUCACCUCCUUGGGGCGGCUCGUCGGGGCCAUCUCUCGGCGCGAGAUGAAGAAGGCGAUUGAAGACCUGGCAAAUCCGAAGACGCUGAAGUGAGCAAUUCGGAGCCUGGGAGAGCAGCCCCUUCCCCCUUCUGUGCAGCGGAGCGUGGGACAGGGGAUCUCGCUGGGGCACUGAGAUCUCAGCAGCAGGGGGGCAGGGCUGGCAGGAGCCCCCGCCUCUUACGUGGGUGUCCCCAAUUAUUUUUUGUAAAUGGAAAUGGAUUUGAAAACUCCCCCUCCCUUCCUGCUCCCGCCGCAAGGAGCCACGGUUGUGA